UCACGUGUCAGCCGCUUGGACGCGGACCCAGCUCCUUCCCCUGGUGCGGUUGCUCCUUCCACCACGCUACAGCGAGCGAGCGGGUGCGAGGAGGGAGCCGGGCGUCCCGUCUCGCACCCCGCCGGCACAGGCAGCCCUCCCGGUAGGCACAGGAGAGUGGCGGAGCUUUGCUGGCUUUCGGCAUAAAAACGGUCCAAAGCGCAGGAGAGCGAGUGCUGCUCUGCUCGGCGAGGAUUUCCUCGGUUUCGCUGAAAGGCUGAGGAAUGUCUCACACUAACGACAUCCAGAUGUGCCUACUUGGCAGCCCGCUGCCGAGACAUUACCGACGGGACACAGGAUCAGCGCUAUCAAAUGGGCUUUGAAGAACUGAUUGAAUGAGACAGAAGAUCUCCAGGAAAAGCAUGGACAUUGGUGCCAGGCAGCUCAAACACAGCUUUUAACAGUGCCAGAAACACCACAGAGACAAUGAGAGUUCGUCUCAAAGGGGAUGCGAUCUGUACCCUCCUCCUGCUGGUAGCGCUUUGCUCUUUACUCUACUCCCAGCUGGAACAUUUAGUCCCAGUAGGAAACAAGGAACCAACACAGAAGAAGCCUUCAGGAACGUCAAAAAUAUUCUCUGACGCCAGAGCAUCUUGGAGACUGAUGCCAGCAGAGGCAACGGCACCCAGACCCCCAGUAACUCCUACCAUUAGACGAACAGAAGUGGCCAACAAGAAGGUCCAGACUACAACUGCACCCCCGUUGACUGAUUCUGCCUUCAACUUCAAGCGUUACCUUCUAAACAAGGACAACAGGAACUUCAAUAUCCUCAUUAACCAGCCCAAGAAAUGCAGGAAAAUACCUGGAGGUCCCUUUCUGCUCAUCGCGAUCAAAUCAGUAGUUGAAGACUUUGACAGACGUGAGAUUGUCCGGAAGACUUGGGGCAGGGAGGGUUUGGUGAAUGGGGAGCAGAUCCAGCGAGUGUUCCUCCUGGGAACACCAAAGAACAGGACAGUGCUGGCGACAUGGGAGACCCUGGUCCACCAGGAGAGUCAGGCAUACCGGGACAUUUUACUCUGGGAUUUCGUGGACACUUUCUUCAACCUGACCCUGAAGGAGAUCCACUUCCUGAACUGGGCAGCUGAAUUCUGCCACAAUGUGAAAUUUAUUUUUAAAGGUGACGCCGAUGUUUUUGUCAACGUCGAGAACAUUGUUGACUUCCUUGAGAGACAUGACCCCACUGAGGACCUCUUUGUUGGGGACAUCAUCUACAACGCCCGCCCUAUCCGUGUCCGAAAAAGCAAAUACUAUAUCCCAGAGACCAUGUACGGGCUGAGCAUCUACCCAGCCUACGCAGGGGGAGGGGGGUUUUUGCUGUCCAGCCGUACCAUGAGGAAGCUCUCUAGGGCUUGCAGAGAGGUAGAACUCUUCCCCAUCGAUGACGUCUUUUUGGGCAUGUGCUUACAGAGAAUCAACCUCAAACCAGUUCUGCACGAAGGAUUCAAGACCUUUGGCAUUGUCAAGCCUUCUGCUGCCCCACACCUACAGACAUUUGACCCCUGUUUUUACAAAGAUCUCAUGGUAGUUCACAGUCUGAAAGUUGCCGAGAUCUGGCUAAUGUGGAACCUGCUCCACAGCCCACAUCUUUCCUGUACUCAGAAGAAGCAAGUGAAGAAGCCUUUCCAAUGGAAAAAGAAAGCUCAACCAACCACACAGGCAUCACCCCUCGGGUAACGCAGGCAGACAGACGCAGAUACGCAGAGCAACCAGCUGAGAAAGUGAACCUGGAAUGGUUGCAACCAACCAACCAGACUUUAGAAGUAUUUUAGCACAUCUUAUUUACAAUGUUAAGAAAAGAUGACAAACUGUUGCAGGAAUUUGCCACAAUUCCACAUUUGCACACACCCCCUGUGCAGGUCCUUCUCCAUUAAUGAGUCCAAAUAAUCGUAACAGUAUCUUUAAUUUAUUACUAUUUAUUAGAAUUCUAGUAGUGCUUAGUGGGCCAGUGUCUAAAAGCACAUUGCAAAAUGCAGUCCUUGGAGAUUUUUCAGCAUUGUUGGAAAUGUGAGAAAUGAAAGAAGACAGAGGGUAAGAGAUAACACCAUGGAGCACAGGGAUCGCUGUCAACUUAUUACCUUGACUCAGACUCAUUGAGACAUGACCAAACUACACAGGAACUAGAGUAUAAAAAGAAAUCAAGUCACCUUAGUAUACGCUCAAAUCAAAUCACUGCUGCCUGGUGGGCUUUCUGUAAGCCUCAUAAGAAAAGAAGAACGACUACAUGGGGUCCUACACGUUACAGAUAGGGUGGGCUACAAGAAAACUGGAUGCUGAGGCUGGCGUGGCUGGUUAAGCAAGACACGCGAGUAGAUUACUGGGAAGGGGCAGACUUCCAAAGGGCCUUUAAAGAAAGGACAAGAAGGACUUUGAGUUGAUCCCUCUGAGGUUUGAUUUUUCAUUAUUCGUAGCAACUCCUCAGUUCAAGUAUCUGCUUCAUUGACACACUCGGGACUCAGGGGACCAGAUUUUGGCACUUCCAUGAACUCAGGCUCUCUAUACUAUGGUGACAUGCACUCAGCGAAGACUCAACAUCAUCCAACGGUAUCUGAUCUCUCUCACAGUCUAAUCCAGAUCUUCAGAAGGUUCACAGCUGGAGACAUCCUUUGGCCUUCACUUGUGAGGAUAAAAGCACACGGAGCUGCUACUUGCAUCACAUUUGGGAGCUUCUUUAAAACCAAAGGAAAACUUGUCAAUGGCCUGGGCUGGUUUCUGUAGGCCUCAGUGCUCUUGCCUGGCAUACAGUCAGCUGCAAAGAGCACCCAAGACUCUUCACAUUGCUGCAGGUGUCAUGUGAAGGCAGAAAGUAGUCUUCAGACAGAAAGGGCUUCAGAGUAAAAGCCGUUCUACAUUUAUUGCAAGAAAGCAAAACCACACAGCCAUCUUUCUGCUGGGCUUUCCAAGUUUCAGUCAGCCUGUAGCUUCAAGAGUAUUUUAAGCAACAGACAAGAACACUGGAUUGCUUAGUUUUUCAAAGAAUAGUCAAUACUUCAAAGCUUUUGUUUUUUUCCAGCAGAUUACCUUAAAAGAACAUCCUUUUCUUGGACAUCAAAGAGGGAGUAAAUUCCUCUAAAUCAGGGUUAAAAAGCUAUGAAAUCCACAGGGCAAAGAGCCUGAGUUCACCUGAUACUUCUUUUGCAAUUUUUUCCCCCUCAACAGAACUCCUCUCCAUCAGAGAACCCUCAAUGCCAUCCCUCUUCAGGAGGGCACAUACAGCUCCAAAAAGGAACUACAAUCAGUCAUAAAAGUCCAGGAAACUGCUUUGCCUUGAACAGAGCCUGCGGAGCAUCUGCAUUUCAUAGCUGGGUAUAACCCUCCUGCUACCCAGCAGCAGACCAGGCUUGGUACUCAUGUUAACUAUGCACAACACAGAGGAAAGCAAGCUGGUAAUAGCUGUUGGUGGGCUGUUAAUACCAGUCUUACAUGUUAUCUUCAUCGUAAGGGUUUAUGCCUUACGAUAAUGUAUUUCCCAGGAAAGGUCAGCUAGAAAUCAAGAAAUUUCUGUUUUAUUUCCAUAUAUAUAUAUAAAGAAAUUUCUAUUUUAUUUCCAUAUAUAUAUAUAAAGAAAUUUCUAUUUUAUUUCCAUAUAUAUAUGGAGAAAUCAAGGGACCACAUGUUGAUCUGGGAUAUUUUCAGCAACGCAAUCCUGACAUACAAAAUGCUCACGUGGGCUUUCCAAGGAGCUCUGUUGGGUGUGGAAAUAAGCCAGAGCCUCGCUGGUGGAAGCCAGCCAGCCACGUCCCCGUCUGCUAACACGUGUGACAUGUAUUUAUGAGCUUGUACAGAAAUGUAUUAUGUGUGAUUAGUUUACAGUUUGGGAAAUUAUUUAUACCAUAAUUAAAAGCCAGCAUGCAGACAUGCCUCCAGUUGUCAGAGUGAGUCUGUCAAGUUCACCUGCACACGCGUUGUAAGACUAACACCAGAGGUAUUUUUCAUGGAGACAGCAACAUAAACAAUACAUUUUUGUUAUUUGGGAUAACUUGCGCUGAAUCUUUCCUUAUGUCAG